AAAAAACGAACAAAGGAAAAGAAAAGAAAGAAGCUGAAGAAGAAGAAGAAGAAGAAGAAGUUGAUUACGACAAGGAGGUGGUCAGCCUAAUAUUGAUUAUGCUGUGCAUGACAUUCCUUUUUGCCAACUCUUCAUCUACUUUGCAUUGGAAAUUAUUUGAGCACUGUGUGAAUCUAGACACACUUUCAAGCUAUUCGUGGGCAAGAGCUGUUUCAGCCUACAUGAAUGAAUCCUUGACCACAAAAGCAAAAGCAAAAGCAAAGAAGGGAGGAGAAGCCUCUAUAGGAGCUGUUUCGGGUUGCACUAUCCUAAUAUUGUUUCUACUGUGUGAGAGGACAAACAUCAUACAACCAAUCCUUGGCAAGGAGAAAGAAACUCCUGCCAUUCUUAAAUGGAGUCUUGUGGAACUCCACACAAGAUUCAACCAAAUAAAGGACUUGAAUGACAUCGAGGGUAUUUUCAAAACUCCUAAAAAGCGAAAAACUACCAGGGAAGAGGAAGACACUGUUGAGAAGGGUAUUUUGAAAACAUAUAAAAAGAGAAAAACUACCGGAGAAGAGGGAGACCCUCUUGACAAGGCAUAA